UUACGUCAGUGUUUACGUAGACACCAGGAAGAACGUUCCCUAUUUUGUGUUAGCUGUGUUUAUUUUUCUUGGAAGCGGUUCCGAUUAAAAAAAAAAAAAUAAGAGAGAAGAAGGAGAGGUUUGACAGUUCAGUAGCUACUUUUCGCGUUACAGGUGUGAAAGGAGCUCCACUAUGACCCACUGGUUUCACCGGAAUCCUCUGAAGGCCACAGCGCCUGUCUCAUUUAACCUGUACGGAGUGGCAUCCAGUCCUGCUGCCAAUAAAAUCUGCAACGAUCUGAGGACGACAAGGGCCAGGCUUCUGGACAUGUUCACAGAUGCUACGUGCACUCCGGAGAUCAUGAAGAAAGCUACUGAUGAAUACUUCUCUCUUUUACAGGGGUUCAUUGUCUCUCUGGAUGGUACUACACAAGAGAACAAACUGCGCUUCAUUCAGAACUUUAAGUGGACUGACACUUUGCAAGGAAACACACCAAGUUCUCAACAAGAUGCUGUGUUUGAGCUGGUAUCCAUGGGGUUUAACAUUGCUGUUUGGCAUACCAAAUUUGCAUCAAGGCUCGCAGGAAAGGAAAACAUCACUGAGGACGAGGCGAAAGAUGUUCAUAAGAAUCUGAAAAUUGCGGCUGGAAUUUUCAAGUACCUCAAGGAGGUUCAGAUACCACGCCUCAUCACGCCAGUGGAGAAAGGCAGAGACAUGGAGCCCAGGGUGAUUGACACAUACAUUGUGCAGAGUCAAGCAGAGGCUCAAGAAGUGACCAUUGCUCGUGCCAUUGAACUGAAGCAUAAUGCUGGCCUUAUUGCAGCUUUGGCACUUGAGACAGCAAACUACUAUCAAAAGGCUGAUCAUACUCUGAACACUCUGGAUCCAGAGUGCAGCAAUAAAUGGAGAAAGUACCUGCAGUUGAAGCAUCACUUUUACAUGGCUUAUGCUCACUGCUACUAUGGACAGACUCUCCUUGCUAGUGAUAAGUGUGGUGAAGCCAUUAGAUCCCUACAAGAGGCUGAAAAAUAUUAUUUACGUGCAGAGGCACUGUGUAAAGAAUACCGUCAUACCAAAGGUCCAGGCAGCACUGCCAAGCCAUCUGAACAGCUCUUCUUCACGAAGCUCGGUGGCCAGAUCAAAAACACUCUGGAGAAAUGUCAGCGGGAAAAUGGUUUCAUAUACUUCCAUAAAGUGCCUGCAGAGGCACCUGCUUUGGAGCUGAAGGCAAGUUAUGGUCUGGCGGAGCCCGUUAUCUUUGAGCUUCCUGCUCUCAGCAGCCAGUGUACUCCUGAGGUCUACGCCACAUUCGAUCUCACUAGAGGACCAAAAGAUGACAAGGCAACUAUGAAACCCAAGCAGGAGGAGGAGAUUAAGCCUGUGAAGGAACCUGAUCUCAAGCCCCAGAAAGACACUGGAUGCGUGAUUUCUUGAGCACUAACAGGAACAUCUGAGAAUGAGAGCGUAGAUACUUUUCUGGUUCAUUAUGUUCAUUAACAUGAUUAAUCAAAACUGUCUGAUUGUUCAUAGCUGUAUGAGAUCUAAAAUAUAGAGGUGGUAGGUAAUACUCAUGUUAUUACAAUUAACCUUACGUACUGUCAUUUACUCCACAAAGUGUUCUACAAGACAAGUGUAGUCAAUAGAACAUUACUCCAAUUUUAUAAUUAUAUUGGACUGUCCACUAAACUGCUGAAAGCACUGCAAGAAAGACCACAAUUUGUCAGUUCUGCUGAAUUAAAAGUAAUUAUCAAGUUCAAGCGUUUUAUGCAAACUGAACUUUUUUCGUUAAAACAUUUAUCUAAAUCUCUAGUUGAUUUAAGUAAAAGGGAUGUCGGGUAAUAUUAUAGAAUAAGGUGCAAAGGUCACUAAUGUGUAGAGCAACUAAUGUCAACUAAAUUAAAACACGUAUACACAUUCUUCAUAACUUAUAAGCAAAAUGAUCAGUCUGUAAAUGGAUGCUGGCUAUUAAAAUAUAUUACAAAUGGAAAAAGGCAUGUAUUAUUUUAACUUUAAGAGUUCAUUUUUAAAAAAUACUGGUAGUGUGCACAUUUAGCAAAGUGUAAAAUUCUGUUCAUUUGCAUCCAUUUGGCACAUGAAAGGGAAUCUCUCUGACAGAAAAUUCAAUCAAACAGCCGAGAUUGUAGUUAGCAAGUCCAAAUUCAAAAACGAAGAGAAAGGUUUCAAACAAUGCGUAACAAUAAUUCAUUCGGCGCCAGUCCACCUAGUUCAGUAGCAGUGGGUCAUAACCAUAUGUGUAACCAUUGGACUAUUUGGAACAAUGCACCAUUUUUAAACGGCAACGAUCAUAGAUAGAAUAUUAUUAAUUAUAAAUCGAUUGUUACAGAUUAUAAAUUUGUAGCGGUUCAUGGGAACGUAAACCAAAAUCUCAUAGUAAUAUUUCCAACACGUUGUGGAACCCAUGCAAUGAAGAAGGGGAGGACACCCAGUAUUAGUAUAGUGUUCCCAAUAAAGUGACCAGUGGAUGUAUGUAUGUAAAACCCAUUAGUUAAAACAAUGGUUCUGUAAAAAGUGAGAUGUAUUAUCAAAUGUAACUUGGUUUUAAUGUUAUCUAGUUAAUGCAAACAUGCUAAAACACUCUCUUGUCAGCUUAAAACUCGCUAUCAUGUAUUUAAUGCCUUAUACCAGUAAAAUGCUUGUCAAUUGUG